CCCCUGACAAUAAUUGAAUCAAUUGGGCCCCAAAAGAAGUAUAUGAAUAUGAAGGCACCUCAAUGAUAUUCCUUGUGAUAGUUGUUGGCUACAUAUUUCUCUUCUGUGAAUUCAUAUCACCUAAACAUUUUGUAGUUCAUAACAUAAAAUUGCUUCAAUGAUAACUGAAAAGAAAGUUGCAAAUGCCUUGGGAGGCAAGACAGCACGAGCUUGUGAUAGUUGUUUAUGUAGGCGGGCUCGUUGGUUUUGUGCAGCUGAUGAUGCUUUUCUUUGCCAAGCAUGUGAUGCAUCGGUGCAUUCUGCUAACCAGUUAGCACGCAGACAUGAAAGGGUUCGUCUCCAAACUUCAUCUUUCAAGCCCAACAAUGACUCUCCACCGGCAUGGCACCAGGGUUUCACACGCAAGGCCCGAACCCCACGUCAAAACAAGUCUCCAUUGGUUCAACAAGCUAAAGAGGAAGAGAAAUUCUUGAACCUUCUGCCUUUUGUUCCAGAGAUUGGCAGUGAAGAGGCUUCACAGGAUGAGAGCAAUGAAGAACAGCUUCUUUAUCGGGUUCCUAUCUUCGACCCUUUUGCCUCUGAACUUUGCAAUGAAAUGGGGAGAACAAGUGUUGAUGAGAGAAGUGAUGAAAUCAUUAUGGGGAAGAAUAAUGAAGUGGAAAAGGCGGUGGCUGAUGAUUGUGGACAUGAUGGGGCAUGUGACUUGGAUGAUUUACAUGGGCUUUUGCCCUCAGACAAGGAUCUUGCUGAGUUUGCAGCUGAUGUUGAGAGCCUAUUAGGCAAGGGACUUGAUGAAGAGUCUUGCGACAUCAAAGGAUUGGGACUUUUAGAUUGUAAAGAAGAAAAUGAUAUUAAUUUGUGCACCGAUAUUGUAGAGGGAAGAGUCAAAGUUGAAGAAGAAGAAGAAGAAAUGGAAGCUAUUGUAGAAUGUCAAUUAAAUCCGCCGGUGGAUAUGAUGAGUGAAACAUUGGAUUGGAACUUUGAUUAUGAGUCCCCAGUAGCUGGAGAGGAGGUGAAGUUAAUUUCCAUGGCUGAGACCAAGAUGAUGAAUGGCAAAGAAUGUAAAGAGGAGAUGAAGAGGGAAAUGUUUUUGAGGCUAAACCAUGAGGCAGUCAUAAAAGCUUGGGAUAGCCAAGGUUCUCCCUGGACAACAGGAGCAAGACCAGACUUCAAUCCUGAUGACUGCUGGCGAGACUUCAUGGGUUUGUACAAUGGAGAUCUUCAUCACCAAUAUGGAGGAGGAGACACAGGAGUUGGAGGCCAUGUGGGAGGUCGCGAUGAAGGUAGAGAAGCAAGGGUGUCGAGGUACAGAGAAAAGAGAAGAACACGCUUGUUUUCAAAGAAGAUAAGGUACGAAGUAAGGAAACUGAACGCGGAGAAGAGGCCUAGAAUGAAAGGGCGAUUUGUUAAGAGGACGUCGUUCAUGGGGGCUACUACUGCUUUUCCUUACCUCAAAAAAUAACCACUAACUGCCAAGUUUGCUUGGCAAAAUGAGAAUAAAAUGGAUAGUAUAUAUUAGUUUCUUUUUGUAGAAUAAAUGGAAGUAAGUUGUUCUGCUUACUUAAACUCAUUCUCUCUCUCUCUCUCUCUCUAACAGGACUUAUGUCCCUAUACUAGUUAGAAAAUGUUAGCCUUAAUCCUUUCAGAAUAUAGAAGCUGUUGUUCUUUUAUUUUUAAACCAUAAAUUCAACUUUUGAACUCUAA